AUGGAUGUAUGCAUCAGAUUGUCAGAUGGGAAGUCAUACAGCCUUGAACUGUGGUAUUUUGAUACCAUACGUGAGAUUAAAAGAAAGAUCCGCAAAUACUUAGGCGUUCCAAUCUUAAGACAAAAACUAUACGACUGCAAUGGUCGUGUCUUAAUGGACGAGCAUGAUACCGAAUUUUAUAAGAUUAUCAAUGGGACUACACUACUACUGCAGAUUACUGAUCCUAGACGUAAAACCUUAGACGAUGAUAAUGAAGAUGACACAAUGAUACAGCUACGUCAACAGCCUCGUCUUAAGAUUGUUCAAUAG